GAAUGUGGUCUCACUUGUCACGCUCACUGCGUUCACUUCGUACCUGACUUCUGUGGUAUGUCCAUGGAGGUGGCUAAUCAGAUUUUGAUGGAAAUCAAGAGGACUAGAAGAGGACAGUCAUCGUCGGGCCCAGGCAUGAGCGGACGGACCCUGCGACCGGACAAGCCAGCAAAACCUCUGCCACCAGCGCAACCUCAAUCUCCAGGCCAACCCGGUCAAGACCAAGCCCAAUCCGACAGAUACUCUUACGGCAAAGAGCAGAUGAGUCCUCCACCUGGUCCUCCACGACAGCAAUCAUACGCUACAUCAGCAGCGUCAAUCGAUGCGGCAAGAGCCUCUUUCUCCGGAUCCAGCUCUGGCGCCGCUCCCACGUCGCCUACUGCAGGGUCAAGACCUUCAUCAGGACCACGCACCCAAUCUUCGGUCGCUGCGGCUGCAGCUGCGAUGAACAAAACCACAGCUCAACCUGCCUAUGGCCGCAGUAACACGGACUAUGCGCCACAGGGCGGAAGGACGUCAGGUAGUGGAUACCCAGCAGAUCAACGCAUACCACAACAGCAAGCUCCUCAAUCGGCCGCCUACGAUCCAUCGGCAUAUGCCAACAUCCCGAGCUACCCACCGAGCCAUCAACAGCCCGCACCGAUGCCCAACUACCCACAGAAGUCUUCAUACGCUCUACCACAGCCAUCGCCACAAGCGCAACCCCCGCACCAGCAACAAGCGCCUCCUUCCCAACCGAAGAUGCAAGAACCAUCCGCGCCCGCGAAACAACCCCCGUCGGCGGUAAUAGAGGCACCAGGCAAGAAGGUCACACCGGCAGCGAACACACAAGGAACUGGCAAGAGGAUAGGUUUGGAUCACUUCAACUUCCUUGCAGUCCUUGGUAAGGGUAACUUCGGAAAGGUCAUGUUGGCAGAGACGAAGAGCACCAAGCAGCUUUACGCUAUCAAGGUUCUGAAGAAAGAGUUCAUCAUCGAGAACGACGAAGUGGAAAGCACACGUUCAGAGAAGCGAGUCUUCUUGAUCGCGAACAAGGAGAGACAUCCGUUCCUACUGAGUUUGCAUGCUUGUUUCCAGACCGAGACCCGUGUGUACUUCGUCAUGGAGUACAUUAGUGGUGGUGAUUUGAUGUUGCACAUUCAGAGAGGCCAGUUCGGCACGAAGCGCGCACAGUACGGUCCCACAUCAUCAUCAAAAAGACAAUCACUAACAUCUUUACAGGUUCUAUGCUGCCGAGGUCUGCCUUGCACUGAAGUACUUCCACGAGAACGGCGUCAUCUACCGAGAUCUGAAAUUGGAUAACAUUCUGCUCACGCUAGAUGGACACAUCAAGAUUGGUGAUUACGGGUUGUGCAAGGAAGAGAUGUGGUAUGGAUCAACUACCAGCACUUUCUGUGGUACUCCCGAAUUCAUGGCACCAGAGGUAAGUCUCGUCCAUCAUCAC